AAAAAAAGUUAUUUAAAUCAUGAAACAGGAAAAUACUUUGAAAAAAUAAUAUAACUUAUUGACAAAGUGAAUACAUGACUUGACUGUAAUCAAGAAAUAUCAAAAUACUCAAAAAAGUUAUGUAUUACUGCAUUUCAAGUUGUCAGUGUAAAGAGUGACGGAGAAUACAGUCAUACAGUGAAUUAUAUAGUUAAUAUUACCGUAUUUCAUGAUGUAGAGUUCAUGAAGUGACCGUAUUCCUGAAAUAGUGAAUUACCUGAAAUAAAAUCAAUACUGUAUAUCAUAAUAACUCCUAAAAACGUUAUAAUGUUCCUGAAAAAAUGAAUCACUGAAAGAAAAAAAAGUGUGACUCAGAACAAAUAAACUAAAGGUAACUAAGAUCGAAAAACAAUGAAAUAAAAGUAAAAAAAAACCUAAAGGAACUGUACGUGUUGAUCAUGGAGGGGAGUGUAUGGGAGGACUUUAUCGUUAUGGACAAAGAAAACUUCAACUCCGAGAACAGGAAAGUCCAUUUUAUUAAGUGUCAGUCCAAGAAGGAAGAAACCUACGAGAAAAUCCCACAAGUCCUUCAAGAACAGGAGCAUAAACCCCAAGAAAAACUCCACACGUAUCAAGAUGAUGAGUUGAAUUUUCCAGAGAAACUGAAUUUGAUCGAGGAAGAUUUUGAAAGUCUUAAAAUAAUAAGUGAAGAUCCUCCUGUUAUCCAGAAGACAACAGGAACGGUCCAGGAAAUCGUAGAGAGAGUUCAGAUAAUCCAGGAGAGCUCUGAGAGGGUAAGAUAUACCGUGGAAACAGAGGAGGUCGUAAGACUUGACCCUGAGGAACCCUGCGCUGCCGCCUCCAGUCAGAGCUUCUGUGAGAGGUGCGAGAAAGGUCCGGCCUGUUGUAUGUACCUGGAUGAUCACGACUCAGGUGAUAAACAGAUUGAUUCGAGCUCACUUGAUGCCACAACCACUGCUGAUGCUGUUGAGGGUGGUGGCGAUGAACCGGAUGAGGAAAAUGAUGAUAGUGAUGAGGCGAGUGUCAUUAGUUUUUAUUUAGGGCAAGGGAGUGGUGAUGACAGUACGGUGGUGGAGUAUGAGUUUUUCCUGGACGAAGAUGAACAUGAUGGCGUUAAUGAUGAUGAUACUGACCUUAGAUACAGUGGUGAGGAGGAUGACCUUGAGGAGGAGUAUCUGUUCGACGACGAGGAGGAAUAUUGUGUUGAUGAUGACGAUGAAGAAGGGGAAUACUGUGUGGACGACGAGGAGGAAAAGCUAUCACGCCCCCGACGAUCCUGUAGACGUGACAGCUUCUCCCGCUACCAAGAACCCCUCGAGGUCAUCCUUGAGAUUUUAGGUGAAGAAGGUGACGACGAGGUCAAGGAACAAGACAACCACGACGAUGAAACAGAAAACGGAUGCCAUGUUAACCACGCGAGCUCAGAGGACCCCAACAGAUGCGACGUGAACCAGCUAAACGUAGAGGGAGAUCUCAUGACUUUCUGUAGUGGUGAAUACACUCCUGACGGUGAAUACACUCCUGACGGUACAGGUGUUGGCUGUUCUCAGGAAGUUAAAGACAUCAUCGAGGAGAAACCUUACCACAUAUCCGCCUCUGAUCACCGCGUCUCGGGCCAGACUGCAAUGCAAGAAUCUACGACGUUUGGACACAGCGCAGCGUGGAAGAGAGAGACGAAGGGUUAUUUAUGUGGAGUGACACAAGAGGUCGGCGGAUCAAAGGUAUCGACUGAUAGCCUUCAAGGGCGGAAUGUCGUGAAUGUGAGAGAUGACAUAUCGACCGUGCGAGAUAACGCCUCUUCAGUGCUAGAUAAAGCUUCUUGUGUGCGAGGUAACACGUAUUCAGCACGAGAUAAGGUUUCAUUCAUACGAAAAAAUAUAUCUCCAGUGCGAAGGAAUGACUUGUGCUUAUCAGCUCCCACCUCCAAGGACGAGGAGUCGGACAGGGAUAAGUUGAGGAGCCUCACCUCAGAGAUCGAGGCCUACCUGAAGGAGACGACGAUGCUGCUGGAGAGUGCCACAAGCUAUACCUCGAAGGCGGCACCCAGAGGCACUAAGACCCAAGAACAGGAACCUAGGGACGAUACGGACAAAAAAAUGAUAAACAAAACGACACCAACUACAACACAGGCUACAGACUCUAAAACAAAUGAAUCACGUUAUACAACACUUGAACUUCCUGCUGUGACACCGAGUAACACAAGUAACUCAGGGAACUCUUCGUCAACAAGCUCGCUUAACAUUAUAGAACCUUUGAUAAACAUGCAGGAAGAACUUUCUCUCUUCUCAUCAGUAACUCGAAACCCACAAGCAGAGAAAAAUCAUCCAGUGAAUUUCGUGACAGAGAAUGAGUCAAUGCUCUCUAGUAACACCAAAAGCUCAUCGGUAAAAUAUACAGCUAGUGCUAAAGACCCGUUGAUAGAUAUAGAAAAAGAGUUUUAUUUUCUUACUUCUGUCACACAGGAGCAACAGACAUCAAAACCCAAGACAUUGAAUUUUAUCCCGUCACAGAAUACAAUAUUAUACCCGUCGCCUGUAGAUGAGAAAACUAUAAGUGAUUUACCCGAAGGAGGAGUUGACGGAGGCCUCGGGGUGUUGGUAACUCCCUCACCAUCUAGUCCUAACACCAAAGCCUCUUCCCAGUCCUCCGUAACGCUCGGGGAGACGACCAACACUCAAGGUACAAGUUUCUUAGGUGUUGACGGCAGGGGCUCGGGUAUAUCUGACGAGGAGAGACAAAAGUUAGAGUCAGGUGAAAGAACAAGAGACGCUUCAAAUACUCAGAGGAAGUUUAACGAGAGUUCUGAUGUCUUCCAGUCUUUCAUGGAGACGAAUAACAUGGCAGGGAGUGAAUAUUACUCCGCUGGGGAAACUUCUACCGAGGCUGUUGACGCCCUGGACUGGGAAGAAGCAGAGAGACAGAAGAACCAAGAGAAAUCACAGAGAAUUAUUUACAAGCCUCCAGGAACGACACGAGAGGAUGAAUACUUCUUCACUAGUCCGGACAACGUGAGGAAGGGCUGGUUGAAAGCCUUUGAGGAACUUGAGAACAGUCUGGACGCUGUUAUCCCGAACGAUCACUGUGUUCUUCAGCCGAGAGGUCAACAGAAUCUUGAACUAGACAACGUGAACCUUGAAACUCCUGGAGAUGCACCGUCAGAUAACAGUGAAGUGUCGCCAGAGGGAAUUCAAGACUCAUUCGAUGCUUUUUUCAAGGACGACCAUCCAGUUCUUCAGCCUACUACUAUUCAGAAACUCAUGUUAGACACCGUGAAGAGCAGUACUCCUGAAGGUGCUCCGUCAGGUAACGUCGAUAAACCACCGGAAAGACGACGGCCUCUCAGUCGAUGUGAAUCCCCUCCUCCUACAGUAACCUGCUUGGCAAACCUUGAAAGACUUUGUAAUCGCUUGAGUCUGGAACGCGAGAAAAUAUCAGGUGAGAUUUGGGACACUGAAGGAUCAUCAACAACAGGAAAGGAAGACAAUAAACCGAUUUCUCAAGCAACAGAAAACAAACAGCAGCUCAAGGAAGACAAAUCAGAGGCAUUAAGAAAUACUCCAAGCGUUGACGUUGAUGAAGAACAUGUCAGUGUAUCUAGUCAACGAAAGACCCGGCCGAUGAUGGGGAUACAACACCUUCAGCAGCACAUGGUCAGGUCACAGAGACAAUCCGAUUUCGUGUUAAAUGUUGAAUCUCGUGAUACACUUACUCGUGAAGCAGCUUACGAAGAAAACGGACACAAUGCUACUACCAAAGAAAACGAAGAUCUUGAGGGUAUUAUUGAAGGGGGGACUCUUGGUAUAUCACAGCUAAAGUACAUUGACACGAAAGUAGAUAAGAUAUUUAGCUGUGUUGAUAGAGACGUUUCCCCAGAUAUUAAUAUUGGAGAGAAUAGAGGCCAUAGAUCCCAUUCACCCGUGAUACAGGAAUGUAACACCACCCAGGACGUCUCCCAGCAGUAUCCUACACACCACGAGGAUGUCAAGGAGCUUCAAUCACAGCUUAAUAACAUCCUGAGUGGCCUAGAUGUGAUGUAUGAGAAGUACUUGGAAAAACAGAGAGUGGAGGGAGUUGACCUUACACUGAACAGCAUCAUGGAGACACGUAACGAGACGACAAAUAUUACGGAAGAAAACACGACACGUUCUCAUCCCCCAGAAGAAAACGAAACUCCACGAACUGUUUGUGAGAACGCAGCUUUUCAGGACAUUAUUGACAUUUCAGAAGAUCUAAAACAUCUUUGUAUCUUUCAUGUAAAUAAACCAUCAGUGUCGGUGACCAGCCCUGACGACACCAGCACCUCUGACAAUGAAGAAUCUGAAGAGAACUUCCCAGAUUUCUACGACAGUGACGGCGCGACACCUGAGGCUGAAAUUAAGGUCAUAGUGAGGAAUAACAACAGCUCUGAAUUCACUGACUCACCUGGAUCACCUGACCAAGAUCCUCAGACAGGUAAUUCACUAAAGCUUCUUGAAAACGUGAGUCAGGACGGAGGAGAUGACGAUCCACCUGACGAAGGGGAAUCAGAUGUUGCACUCUUCUUGGAGGCCAUCCAUGAGGAGAACGUCAGGUGCUACGAUGUGACGCUCAGGUGUCUGCUGAAGGUCAUCUCUCUGACCCCCACACCUCUCCAUGAUCUUCUACAGGCGUCGUCACAGAGCCAGGCAGGCCCCGUCCUCCCCCCUGACUGUAAGGUAAGUGAUUACUUCCCUUUCCGGGUGUUAAACAAUUUAGAUGCCCAUGCCAACACCACCACCACCACCAUGUCUGUUUAUGUAGACGUGGAAGGGUGUAUGGGCGUCGGGGACCUGGUGGGCGGCACCCUGUGUAUACGUGUAGGGUCUCCCUGUCCCUCCGCCUCUACGGAUGUGACCCUUGACACCCAACACACCGACACCACCCUCGACAUAGCCACCCUCGAGUACAACAACAUGUUCGAGGACGAGGAAGGAGAGGCAGUGGAUUCCGAGGAUGAGAGUGUUGGUCAGUUGUUGCACAGUGCACUUGUUCAGAAUGUGAAUCGUGGUCAGUCGAGAAACAUCGGCUCUUGCACACUCUAUAGCGAAAUGAAACACGAUUACAGUGAGGCUCAGAACUUCACUGUGACGGCCGUAACAGGUGAGGCUCAGAGCUUCACUGUGACGGCCGUAACAGGUGAGGCUCUGAGCUUCACUGUGACGGCCGUAACAGGUGAGGCUCAGAGCUUCACUGUGACGGCCGUAACAGGUGAGGCUCAGAGCUUCACUGUGACGGCCGUAACAGGUGAGGCUCAGAGCUUCACUGUGACGGCCGUAACAGGUGAGGCUCAGAGCUUCACUGUGACGCCCGUAACCUCAGUAACAGGUGAGGCUCAGAGCUUCACUGUGACGGCCGUAACAGGUGAGGCUCUGAGCUUCACUGUGACGGCCGUAACAGGUGAGGCUCAGAGCUUCACUGUGACGGCCGUAACAGGUGAGGCUCAGAGCUUCACUGUGACGGCCGUAACAGGUGAGGCUCAGAGCUUCACUGUGACGGCCGUAACAGGUGAGGCUCAGAGCUUCACUGUGACGCCCGUAACAGGUGAGGCUCAGAGCUUCACUGUGACGGCCGUAACAGGUGAGGCUCAGAGCUUCACUGUGACGGCCGUAACAGGUGAGGCUCUGAGCUUCACUGUGACGGCCCUGAUAAUGGCAUCUCUCGACAACCAUCACCACGAACAUCAUCAUUCCGUCCUUGUGUCUUCAUCUCACCACUAUGAUGCCCCCGGAGGCCUGCCGGAGGACGUGGAGGCUCUGGCCAAGAUAGUGCCAUCAUCAGAACAGGGCCUCAGUGUGCUGUUUCUCUCUGGCAGUCCACCUCGCGGCCCUACACCCAGUCCUGACUAUGACCUCGACUCCCAACCGGGGUAUUUUAGUAGUGCCAGUGACCUUUCCCUGGAUGCCACGAACACUUGCGUCAGUACCUUGAUGGUGAAUGCUAGUGACACUUGUGGUUCUGGCAUAACUCCCGAGAGGAAAGGUAGAAACACCUGCGUUAUACCGGUGACACACACAGCGGAGGGUGUUGUUGGCGGUGGUGAUGAUGGUGAGGGACGUGAUGACCCUGUGAUGGUGAGAAGCGACGUGGGGUGUGAUGGUGGUCAGCGGGGGAGGGCAGCUCGGUGUUGCAUCAUAUCAGUGGUCAGUAACAAGGAAGUGGAGGACGAGGAGGAGGAGGAAGAUUACGAAAUGGAAGGAAGAAGAUUGAGUGAAAGUACAAAUGGUAGGAAGGAUCACACGUGUAAGCCAAGUUCGCUCAUCAGUCAGGAACCAAGUGCCAGAAUAGUUCUCAAGGGGUCGAUUGCCUUUACACAUGACGGUGUGGGUAGUGAAGGGGACGUCCACGCACCGUAUGCAGACUGUUACUCGAUACCAGCCAUAGACCAAAGAAAAUAUACGGAAGAGUCGCGUAGAAGUGCCCUUGUUGACACUUCCGGAGACGACAGGACCCGGAUGUUGACCUGUGCUGGUGGUUCUUAUGUGGAAAGUUAUCUCCCAGAGGCUCCUCCCAGACAACGACGCUCUAGAACGCGAAUGUCCAGCGACUCUGCCAUCUACGUGGGCGGCGACAGCGAGGAACAGCAGAGUGGCAAUGAGGACCUACUUGACGGAGGGCAGUGUAGCACCAGCCUCUUCAUCACCUUCGGGUAUGGCCAACAGGAGGACGAUGAAGGGUUUCCAAUUCUCUCUGAUCCAGCGGACACCGAGGAUGACAGUGUCUUUGCCGGCGACGUCCAGGAGAGUCGCCAUAAGUCUUCUGUCCUUAGCGAGGUCUACCGCACUACACCCUGUAGGAGACGAUACUCCGCCAGCGACUUCAUCAGGGACACGAUAUUAACACCGCUGGACAAAUCGAACACCAACGCCCCCUCACAGACGAAACGCGCCCCAUCCCCAACCUACGUCAACGUGCCCCUGAAACAACCAAAGGCCUCCAACACCACACAGUCCUCCCGAAGAGAGUCCCCGAAAACCAAAACGAAAAGAGAAUCGAAAAAAUCGGUCGCCAGUACGAAGGAAAGUGAAAAGCGAUUAGUAAACAUUGAGUUCAUCACCCGAGAGUUGCCGCCUGAUGAGCAACUAUCCGCGACUCCUGUUCCGCCUCCCAGAACCAAAUCCCCGACGAAGAACCGAGCUCGUAGUUCCAGCCCGCGGAAGAGAAGUGACACCCCGAGGAACUUCGCCAACCCGAGGAGAUCCAGGUCCUGCUGCCUCCACUACCGCGAGAGCCACCGCCGUCAGGAGUACCUACAGGAGAAUGGGAUAAGUCCUAAGUCUCUCCUGGACUCCUUCUUCGAGAGUGGCAUGACGGAGGAGGACCAGGGAUCACUGCCAUGGGACUUCAAGGACUGUACUCUGUAUCAGGGAUUCGGGGUUCACAGAUUCGAGUCUCUGGGGUUGUUUAAGGAUUCAGGGUUUGAAGAUUCGGAAGGUCGGGGCUUUAGGGAUUUAGAGUUCAAAGAUUCGAACUUGGGGUUUAUUUAA